AAUGAAAUUUUGGGCAUGGCGACAACACAAUCGUCUUCAACCCCGAAAGCGAUACUUAAUCCUCAAUCAUACUCUCCACCUUUUAAAACUCAACACCAGCACCACCUUUCCGCUCCCAUCACCCCCGUUAUGGCCACUGACUCCUCCCCAAAAUAUCGGCCAGUGUCGUCAUCCCACGAGUUUCAAACCGAAUUUCCGGUAUCGCCCCAAACACAAACAAGGACUACAACCCAUGACGGGCUCCAUUUGUGGCAGUUCAUGGUUGCGGGGUCAAUCGCUGGGUCCGUGGAGCACAUCGCCAUGUUUCCAGUCGACACACUCAAGACCCGCAUGCAGGCUCUGGGCGGGUCAUACCAGGUUCAGCCCGUUGGACUCCGACAAGCUUUCGGGUCGAUUCUGAAGGUCGAAGGACCCGCAGGUCUCUAUCGCGGCAUUGCAGCCAUGGGUCUGGGAGCGGGACCGGCGCACGCUGUUUACUUCUCAGUUUACGAGUUUUGCAAGCGGUUACUUUCAGAGGGAGACCCUAACAACCCGGUGGCUCAUGCAGUUUCGGGAGUGUGCGCGACGGUGAUGAGUGACGCGGUGAUCACGCCGAUGGACGUUGUGAAGCAAAGGCUGCAGCUGAAGAGCAGCCCGUACAAGGGGGUAGGAGACUGCGUUAGGAGGGUAUUGGUGGAGGAAGGUUUCGGGGCGUUCUACGCGUCGUAUAGGACUACGGUGGUGAUGAAUGCGCCGUUUACGGCCGUGCACUUCGCGACUUACGAGGCGGCAAAGAGGGCGCUGAUGGAGGUUUCUCCGGAGAGCGCGGAUGACGAGAGGUUAGUGGUUCAUGCCACCGCAGGUGCGGCUGCCGGGGCUCUUGCUGCUGCUGUGACUACACCGCUUGAUGUAGUGAAAACCCAGCUGCAGUGUCAGGGUGUGUGUGGAUGUGAUAGAUAUUCGAGCAGUUCAAUUGGGACCGUAAUUGGGAGUAUAGUGAAGAAAGAUGGAUAUGGUGCGCUGAUGCGAGGAUGGAUUCCAAGGAUGCUGUUCCAUGCCCCUGCCGCUGCAAUCUGCUGGUCUACUUAUGAAGCAGCCAAAAUUUUCUUUCAACACCACUCUCCAUUCUAAUCAUCAUCUCUCUCCAUUCAACCCUCAAUAAUAUACCAUAUCUAUAUUGGCUUUACUUGUAUUCACUAGCCCACUUAUUAUUGUUACUAAAAAAACAUUAAUAAAGCACAAAACUUGAUUUUUAGUGGGAAA